UCUUCCCCAAAUCACAAACUCUGUAAAACAACAUCAAUGGCUACCAAUAAUAAGUCGGUUUAUCUCCAAAACCCAGAUGAAGUAAAGAAAGUAUUCAGCCGUUUCGACACCAACGACGACGGCAAGAUCUCUAUAACAGAGCUUGUCCACGUGAUGAAAGCACUCGGUUCGAAUACCUCCGAAGAUGAAGUUCAGCGAAUGAUGGAGGCAAUCGAUACAGAUCGCGACGGAUUCUUCAAUCUCGAGGAAUUCACCACCUUCUGCGGCGGCGAGAAUGGAAACGGAGGCGUGCAGGAACUGAAGGACGCGUUCGAGGUGUACGAUAAGGACAAUGAUGGAGUAAUUUCAUCAGGUGAACUCCAACAGACGAUGACGAAAAUAGGUGAGAAAUGUUCUGUUGAUGAUUGUGAAUCGAUGAUCAAACCUGUGGAUUCUGAUGGAGACGGAUCUGUUAAUUUUGAUGAGUUUAAGAAGAUGAUAACUGAUUCUGGUACAACCGCCAGCGGCGGCAAGUGAACACGACGGUCCGAACUGCCGAUUUAGAUAUGUUAACAC